AUGCGGGAAACCGUUAGUAGGUAUUUCAAUCAUGUCUUAUUCGCAAUUGGUGAAUUACAACAUGAAUUCGUGAGACCACCAAGUACGCGAACACCACCAUAUAUAGCAACAAGGAACACAUUAUACCCUUACUUCAAGGAUUGCAUUGGGGCCUUAGAUGGGACACAUAUUCAUGCUUCUGUCCCAGUAUCUGAAGUAGCAGCAUUUCGAGGAAGAAAACCAUACCCAACACAAAAUGUCCUUGCUGCUGUAGAUUUUGACCUCCGUUUCACUUUUGUAUUAGCUGGUUGGGAAGGAUCGGCGCAUGAUUCCUUAGUUCUUCGUGAUGCACUCGAAAGACCAAAUGGGUUAAAAGUCCCCGAAGGAAAGUAUUAUUUGGUUGAUGCCGGCUAUGCCACAAGACCUGGGUUUAUACCCCCUUACCGGGGUGUUAGAUAUCACUUGAAAGAGUUUGGCUCUCGAACACCUGCAAAUCCUAAGGAGCUUUUUAAUCUACGACAUUCAUCUGCACGCACAUCCAUUGAACGUGCAUUUGGUUCUUUGAAGAACCGCUUUAAAGUCCUCGCAUCCAGACCUUUUUUUCCAUUUAAGACACAAGCAGAACUUGUUUUGGCAUGUUGUACCUUACAUAAUUACAUCCUCAACGGCGGUGAGGAUGACUUUAUUCCGUCUGAGGAAGAUUGGAUACCACAUCGGUCUUCACAAACCACCUUUAGGGAACAAAGAGAAGAAGCACAAGAGUGGGCUAUCCGUCGUGAUCAAAUUGCAGCCGAGAUGUGGGCAAACAAAAUGGAAGGAGAUAGUGCAUUUGAAGGUAGCCAGACAGCAUCAAUUACCAAGAGCAGAUUAAGGGCAUCAGGAAAUAAGAGAUGGACACUAACUGAAAGUCGAUACUUCAUAAGGUUUAUGGCUAGCCAAGUUGAGCAAGGCUUAAAAGUAGAUAAAGGAUUCAAACCACAAGCAAUACAUGCUGCAGUUCGAGCCAUGAAUGAUACAUUCGGGGUGACAGUUACGGAAGCUAAUGUAAGUAACCAUCUCAGAACAAUAAGGAGAAGAUGGGUGAGAAUAAAAAAAUUAAAAGAGAUGAGUGGUAUGGGAUGGGAUGAUAAUCUCAAAAUGAUUGUCAUGGGAGAGGCUGAGUACAUAGAGUAUAUUAAGGUCCACACACAAGAUGAGCCUUAUUUGAAUAAGCCCAUUGAGGAUUAUGAUCUUCUUGAGGCUAUUUGUGGUAAUGAUCAAGCUACCGGUCAUCGUGCCAUCCCAUCUGGAAGUCGUAUUGGAGCACAAAUGGAUUACAACACUGAACCAGAAGCGUUCCCUCAAGCCCAGCAUUUUGAUAAUAUGUCUUUCGAGGAGGCAUAUGGUUAUGUCCGUUGA